AUGGAAAUUACGAUUGAAAACUUUGAAGAGAAAUUGGAAAUUGUCUCAAAAUCUAUAAAGAGUUGCGAGUUUAUAUCAUUUGAUUGUGAGUUUUCAGGUUCUAAAAUGGGUUUUGAGGACAAACCUCAUGAAUUCGAUUCAUUAGAUGAUAAAUACAGGAAAAAUAGGCAUGCUGUUUAGAGUUUUUUGGCAUUUCAAGUAGGAUUAACGACCUUUAUUUGGAGUAGCAUGAAGAAAAAGUAUAUUGGGAGGCCUUUCAAUUUUCUUGUAUAUCCUAGGCAUAUUUUAAAAGAAAGAUAUCACUAUGCUAGUAUAUGGAUUGGUAUAUUAAUAUAAAUUUUAACUCUUCAUUAGUCUUAUGAGUAGUUAAGUAAGAGAAAGGAAGUGAAGAAGCAAGCUGAGAAGUAUUUAUUCAAAGAAUAUGAAUUGAAACAUUACCAGCAAUUAUCUAUAAAGAGCCAAAAAGUUGAGUUUUCAAAGGAGAGUGAUUUAUUUAUGGUGCAUAAACUGUAAUCAAAUGAUGAAACUGGAACCCCAAUCUCUAUGUCAUCGUUUACUUAGAAUCAAAUGGAGAUUUAGGAUAUAACUGAUUUUGAGAUUGGAUUUUCAAAAGUGAUAGAGGAGUUAAUAAAUUCAAAGAAGCCUUUAGUUGGACAUAAUAUGCUCUUUGACAUGAUGUUUCUAUAUCAGUAAUUUAUAGAUGAGUUACCUCCCACACUCAAAGAGUUUGUUGCCAAGUUUCCACUAGUAUAUGACACCAAAGCUAUUGCUUCAAAUUUAUGUUUAUUCAAUAAAACUGAUCUGAACUCAAUGAGUUUGCAAGUGCUUUAGAACAAGAAAUUUAAAAACUACCUAGAAUUUGAGUUUGAUAUCUCACAUAACUUUGUCAAAUAUCAAAACAAAUGCAUGCUCCAUGAAGCAGGAUAUGAUUCUUAUCUGACAGGCAUAAUUUUUGCUAGUCUAGUCAAAUAUUUGGAAACGCAAGCUUUUUAUGAGUAUCAGAAAAAUAAAGCUCAGAAAUUGAAGGCAAAUGCUAUUAACACAUUUGAAGAGGAAAACUAAAACCAGAUACUGCAUUAACUGACCUUGCUUCAGAUGUAGGAUAAUGGUGGUAAUAACACUUUUUCCAAAGUAUCCACAUUUUCAAAGCAUUACACUUAUAUUCCUUCAGCCUAGAGUAUAUAAGAAAUAGCUAAUAGUUAGGUGGUCUUAGAAAGUGCCUAUGAAUUUAAAAACUACAUAAUGAUUGCCUUGGAGGGAUAGAAAUACGUGAAGCUUGAGAAGAAUUUAAAGGAAGAUUUCAAGGAAUUCUAAAAUGUGCUAUUUAUUUAGCUGAAGAGAGAUAUAUCUGCUUUUGAUUUGAGUAAAAUGCUCAAUAAAUACGGAGAUGUUUAUGUAGUCAAAGACACUUUGUUGACUUGCUUUGCUGAGUUCACAUACUUUGAUGGGUUCUAAAAUUAGAAGCAAGUCGAUAUCUAAAAUUUUAUUAAUACAUUAAGGAGUGAUGAGAUUGUUGGAAGUGUUGUGGAGGAAAUUUAAACAUAUAAUGAUAAGAUAAUGACUAAUAAAACAGUGAUUUGCCUCUGA